AGAAAAAGAAAAAUACACGACGAAAGGGUUUUUGGGGGUUCAGUCCUUGCUUCUCUCUCCGUCUCCAAUCUCCGCAGACACCACAAGUGCGCAAGCUCCUUCUCCCUAUUGCCCUUCUCUUACCAGAUGGCCAGAUGGGAUGAGAUUCUGUCCCUUCCUGUACAGAGUCCACCUGCACUGGAGUUUUCAUCUUCUGAUCUUGUGUGGUCAAAGGUGGAAGGUUGGCGGGACAAGAAAGAUCGAGUUGCUCUAAUUCCAUUUCCUCGAGUUGACGAUUUUCUGAGGGGUGAAUCCUCUAGUAAAGAAUGUCCAACAAAAUUUCAUGUUGAAGCGAGGCGGCGGCGGCAGCCAAAAACGCCUUACAAACCAAAGGUUGAUGGUAUUCUUGAAUAUAUUCUAUAUUGGUGUUCCUUUGGUCCUGAUGACCAUAGGAAGGGUGGGCUUGUACGACCCAGCAGGAUUAAUAUCCCAAAGAAGAAAAAUGCUGGUCGACCGAACACCAAGAGAGGUUGUACCUGUCACUUUAUUGUGAAACGAUUAAUUGCUGAACCCUCAGUGGCACUUAUUAUAUAUAAUCAGGAUAAGCAUGUAGAUAGGAAAGGAGCGCCCUGCCAUGGCCCCCAAGAUAAGAUGGCUGCUGGAACACGUGCUAUGUUUGCCCCUUAUAUCUCUGAGGAUCUACGUCUUCGUGUGCAAUCUUUGUUAUACGUGGGGGUGUCCGUGGAGACUAUAAUGCAGAGACACAAUGAAUCAGUAGAGAAACAGGGUGGUCCAUCUAAUCGUGAUGACCUUUUAACCCAUAGGUAUGUUCGGAGGCAGGAGAGGGUCAUUCGACGUUCUAUAUAUGAAUUGGAUGCCGAUGAUGUGGUUAGUAUUAGCUUGUGGGUAGAAAACCAUCAGAGUCAUGUUUUCUUCUAUGAGGAUUUCUCUGAUGUGGACCCUUUCACUUUGGGCAUUCAAACAGAGUGGCAGUUGCAACAGAUGAUUCGCUUCGGCAAUCGCAGCCUUAUAGCUUCUGAUUCAAGGUUCGGAACAACCAAAUUGAAGUAUCCCGUGCAUAGUCUCCUUGUAUUUAAUGAAGACAACAAGGCCAUUCCGAUAGCGUGGAUAGUGGCUCCAAAGUUUGAAAGUUCCAAUGCCCAUAAAUGGAUGAGAGCUCUUUGCAAUAGAGUUCAAACGAAAGAUCCUGCAUGGAAGUUAGCUGGUUUCAUAGUGGAUGAUCCUCUAGCUGAUGUGCUCACCAUCAGGGAUGUAUUCCAGUGUUCAGUGUUGAUAAGCUUUUGGCGGGUCCGUCAUGCAUGGCAUAAAAACUUAGUAAAGAAUUGUGUGGACAAUGAGAUGCGAGCUACAAUAUCAAGAAGGCUUCAUCAGGCAAUGGAUAACAUCUGUCAACAACGAGGAACCGAGCGUUUGUUUGAGGACUUCAUAGAAGAUUUUCUUGAUGAAUCAGAUUUUAUGGAUUACUUUAAGGCAACCUGGUAUCCUAGAACUGGGAUGUGGAUCUCUGCACUACAAAAUCUUCCUCUUGCUAGCCAGGAAACCUCUGCGGCAAUGGAGUUCUACCACAACCAACUAAAGCUUCGGUUAUUGAACGAGAAGAAACCUAGCGUAUACAAACGAGUUGAUUGGUUGGUUGAUAAGCUGGGUACAAAAGUGCAUUCCUACUUCUGGCUUGAUGAAUAUUCUGAGAAGGAUGAUUUUGCACGAUAUUGGAAAGAUGAGUGGGCGAGUGGUUUAACAUCUUGGCGUAAGGCUUUGAAGAUUCCUGACCGCAAUAUUGUCAUAGAAGGUACACGUGCAAAAGUUAUUGACGAGCUCGACCAAGACAGGGUUUAUGUUGUUUGGAACCCUGGUUCUCAGUUCGGUAUUUGCAACUGCCGUUGGGCAGAAAUGGGCAACCUGUGUGAACAUAUACUCAAAGUUAUUAAUGUUUGCCGGAAAAGGUCGUCUACGCCAUCUAUCAGCCUUUUGCAGUACCACAAGGCCUUGAUUGACAUGCUGCACUGCCCACCUCAUGAUUCUUUGAUUCGUGAUCAUGCUGUUUCUUUAGCAGUAUUUGUACAGAAGCAAUUAAGUGGACUAGUUAAUUUGGAAAGCAACGAUACCGCAAUGGAUGUGGCAUUUUUUGCCAAUCGAGAUCAAGAAUCAGUAAAUGAGGAAGUAUUAUCUCUAAAUGAGAAUAACUGUGGGGAUGGAGAUGUAGCUGCUGAGAGAACCAAGGGUAAGGUGGCUACUGAAUCUAGUAAUUUGGUAGCACGUGGAGAUGACAUAUGUAAUGAGAGUUAUGGAGAAGAAAUUACUGGCGAUGAGAUGGAUGUCGACCCGUCAUCCAUCUGCAUUUCCCCACCCGGGUUGCAUUCUGUUGACGAGGUUGUGUCUAGCAGUGUCUUCCCUGAAAGCAGACAGAGGUCAUUGUUUAACAGAGAGCUUGAAGACCUGCCUUCUGCUGAUGAUGCCCGCACUAAUCCAACCGGAUUUGAGGAUGACAUCUUAAAUAGAAAUAGCCAAGAAAAUACGAUGGAUGAGGACAUGAAUAUCCCUUCCUCAACAAUGGAGUUUGUGGAGCAAUGCACAGUAACUCAUCCUGAUGAUCACUACAGCCACGAUAUUGAACCCGCUGUUAUUUGCAAGACAUCUGAGGACAAUAUUGUGUAUACAAAGACUGCUCCAUCUGCAUCUAUGCCUGAUGAAUCACAAGUGGUCGAAGUGGCUGAAGUUCCAGGUGUCAUUUCAGAAAGUGAUAGAAUGGAAACUGAAAACAAGAAUGGAAGCACGAGUAAUCACCCAUCCUCCGCUGAUGACGCUGCCAUUAUUGACGGGCCUUGUGAGAACUUGGUAAAUGAUUCUGAUUGUAGUCAGGACUCAAAAGCAGUUGGCAAUAUGAUGGUUGUACAACCAGAAGCACUGAUUAAAUGCUCGUCAAGAUCGAGGUACAACGAGGAACAACUGCCCAUUGAGAAUGGAGAUACUGGAACUGGAUCUUCUGAGAACCCAUCUUCAUUUGCUGAACCUCGUCUUACUAAGAGUGAAGUGUAAGAAGGGCUCUGAAAGCAUUCACAGCAGCGAUGAGGUGAUGAAGCAGCUAGUUGUUAAUGGCAUCAAUAUAUACUUGUGCUUAGGGAAACGUUUCAAUGGAUACUUCUGAGGCCUUUUCCACAAGUAUGGCGUCCAACAAAGGAGCUAAAAUAUCGGCGAUUCAAAUAACUGUAAGUCUUUUCUUUGUGUGCAUAUGGAUCCAUUGUAGAAAUUUUGUUCACUGA